AUGGCGACCUUCUUCCAGAGUGUUCGCCAAGGGUUUGGCAGAGGGGGGAACAACAAGAACACUCCUCCCAAGAGCCCUGUCCAGGCUCCUCAAGACCCUCGAACGAUGGCCAACUCACCCUCCCUAUCCAACAGUCUCACCUUGGACAACAUCGCCGCAAAUGACCCCAAUGCCCCGAAAUACUUCUUCCAGGAGAAGUACGCCCCGCUCAAUGUGAGGGGCAACUUCCUGACCCUCUGUGCCUGUCCGAAGAAUGUGGAGCUUGGUGAAUGGCUGGCUCAUCAGAUUGUUGAACAAUAUCGUCUGCUUCACGGCAUGCUCCAGGUGAUUCAAGAGACGAACGGAGUCACUGGUGUUCCUAUCUGCAACGAAAGCACCUGCCCGACAAUGUCGGCUGGCCGAUUAACCUAUACUUGGCUUGUCGACGGUCGUGCUGCCAAGAUCUCUGCCCCGAAGUUCAUCAACCGCGUCGAGAAAUGGAUCGUCAGCAAAAUUCACGACCCCGUCAUGUUCCCAACUGAGAAGGUCACCGGUAUCCCUGAGACUUCUGCCAUGAAGGAUGCCGCUGCGGCUACUGGCGAACCCGCAGACCAAUCAGAGGGAGCUCCCGCUGGUCCAAAUGCUACCGGGUCAGACGAGUGGAUUGGCAAGUCCAGUGGUUUCCCCCAAACCUUCUACAAGGACUGCCAAGGAAUCAUGAAGCAGAUGUUCCGCUGCUACGCCCACCUGUACCAUGCCCACUGGCUGAAUCCAUUCUGGCACAUCAACAAGCACGACAUUCUCAACAUGUGUUUUGUUCACUUCGUGACUGUCGCCAAGUACUACCAGCUCGUCUCGGACAAGGAGAUGGAGCCAAUGCAGCCAUUGAUCGACCUGUUCAUCAAACAGCAGCGGGUGCCUCCUGAGGCCCUUAAUGGCGGCCACUGGGCGGUUGCACCACCGCCAUCCAACUAG